UUCUUUCAAACCUCUUCUUUUCAUCAUCCUGAAAAAUGCCGGUUGGAACUCUUGAAGUUCUUCUUAUUUCGGCCAAGGGGCUCGAAAAUACGGAUUAUCUCUGUAACAUGGAUCCUUAUGUUGUUCUUACUUGCCGUUCACAGGAGCAGAAAAGCAGCAUCGCUUCAGGAAAGGGAUCGAACCCUGAAUGGAACGAGACUUUUAUAUUCAGUAUAUCUGAAGGUGCAAAAGAGCUCAAUUUGAAGAUAAUGGACAGCGACACUGGCACGCAAGAUGAUUUAGUUGGUAGAGUAAGAAUUCCUUUGGAUCCUGUUUACCAUGAAGGAAGCCUGCCAGCAACAGUAUACAACGUGGUGAAGGAUGAACAAUACUGCGGAGAGAUCAAAGUUGGCCUUAAUUUUGCUCCUGAGAAAAGAAGUGCAAGAAAUUUUCAAAUGGAAGAAGAAGACUAUGGUGGAUGGAAGCAGUCCUCAUAUAUGUAACAACGACCACACCACCACUCCAUGAUUGUUCGUUCUUGUGGCUUCGGGUAUUAGGAGCGAAGAAUGUA